AUGGAGUCGUGUGUGUCGCAGCAACACUACGUCACCCCAGGGGCCACUUCCCUGCCCAUGGGGGAGUACGUCCAGAUGCCCCCGGAUAUGGGUCCUCACCCAUGCAACCCCACCAUGAGCUCCUACCUCGAGUCCCUCCCGCCAGGGGUUGGCAUGCCCGAAUACCCAUGGAUGAAAGAGAAGAAGACGGUGAGGAAACCCCCGCAACAAGGGUCCAACGAGAACGGUCUUCCGCGGAGGCUUCGCACCGCUUACACCAACACCCAGCUGCUCGAACUGGAAAAGGAGUUUCACUUCAACAAGUAUCUCUGUCGACCCCGCAGGAUAGAGAUCGCUGCCUCCCUCGACCUCACGGAAAGACAGGUGAAGGUGUGGUUCCAGAACCGGCGCAUGAAGCACAAGCGACAGGCGAUGAGCAAGAGUGACGAGCCGGAUAAGAAGCGGGACGGAGAGCCGCGUUCGGGGGUCGACGACGCUGCCAACAACAAUUCCAAAUCGGUGCCGUCGUCGCCCGACAGUAUGUGUUCCUCCGACGUCAAAAAGGAGGAGAGCAACGACAGCCUGCCGCUGCCCAGUGCCGCCGCCGGUGGGGUGCCGCCUGCCUCAGGGGUGCCGCCAAGGGGUAACUGUGCCACUGCCCCGUCGCUAGACCCUGGCAAGGUCAAGUGUGAGGACGGGGGAAGCCUCAGGUAUCCGGGGCCUCUGGGUUUCUCCGGAGAAAGUAUCAGUAUAAAAGAUGGUGGCACACAGGACACGGCACCCCUGAAUACGCCGCCUAUUCCACGCGCCACCCCGCCCCUCACCCCUGCCACGCCCACUGCCUCGCCCGCCCAUCUGACCGGGGCACGAGGAGUGCCAGGGUCGCCGGCACUCACUACCCCGCCCAUCACCUCGGCCAGGGCGGCACCCCUCACAGCCACCACCACCGCCGCCGCCUCCACCACCAGUUCCGUCGCGCUACACGGCUUCGGUAGCGGCAGCGGGGGGCGUGGGGGCGCUGGCAGAGGCUCCACUUUCUCCUACUGCAGCAGCGCCAGCAGCGUCGCCAGUGGGGACAAUAAAGGGCGCGGAGUGUCCAGUUCGUACCCUGGGGCGUACCGGGGCUCGUGGGUAGACCAAUACCGGGGCAUGGGUCGCGCCACGCCCCCCCAGUUCGUGCCCAACACCCCUAACCGCGCCUCCAAUGCUCACGGCUACGACUACACGUGCGCCCAACAGCACCAACAGCAGCAACAGCAACAACAACGGGGCCAGCACAUGUACAACGGCAGCUACGGCAUGGACGGGUACAGCUACAACCGCCACUACUAUAACAACAACAUGAUGUGUGGUGACGGCUACUCCGGCUACAACUACAUGUACAGCAGCGGCGGCAUGUACGCGUGUAGCGGGCAGGGCGACACUGCCGCCCAGCAGUACUACGACUCCUACGGCAUGUGUGGCGCCACCGGCUACGAGCACACAGAGAAGGGCGCAGCAAUGAACACAAUGGCCACCAACAACGCGGCCAACAUGACCAACAUGGGCAACAUGACUCAGGGCGGCGGGUACUACAACAGUGCAAACGGGGGCGCGGGGAGCGAGGGCGUCGCUUACCAAGACCAACAGUAUCACCACCAGCAGCACGAACACGACCUCAAUUUUACUUUUAACUUCUUCGAGCAAAGUGGCGGUGGUGGCGGGGGCGGCGGCGGAGGCACAGGCGGAGGCACGGGCGGCGGCACCAGCGGCAGCACAGCGCCAAGUGAAAACAGUAAUUCCUCAGACUUCAACUUCCUAACUAAUCUAGCCAACGACUUCGCCCCCGAGUACUACCAGCUGAGCUGAGCCCCAGCGCAGGCGGCUGUGCGCCAGCCGGGUACACACUGCUGAGCCACCCACCAACGACGACCACAUGCAGCAACAUGCCAACAUGUUUAGCGUCUGGACACAUGAUCUCUACUGUAAGGUGGCACCCUCCCACCCCCUCCUCGGGUGGUGGUGAGGAUGGUGGACUGUUCUGGAGUGGGCCUCAACCCUCCCCUCUCUCACCCUCUUAGUGUGUUACAGUAAGAAUCCUUUCUUCCCUCUAACCAGUGUGACCCACAAGAUGUCCCUGUUGCCCUCGGGAGUCACUGACAGAGUGUUAAGAUAUGGUCUUGCUGAGUAUCACUGUCGGUGGCAGUGCUGAGCGUGUGCCAGAACAGUGCCAUGAGAGACAGUGACAGACAAAGCCCGGAAAUCUUCAGGCCGUUCUUAAAUUUGUCCUGAACCACUGUAUGGUGCGCCGCCUGUCUUACUUCGCCGACUCCGGGCUGUUCAUGUGCGUAUGUGGCAUAGAGUGCCAAUUGUGGCCUAGAGUUCCAGGUGUAGUAUCAGUUGAUGAGGUUUCACAUGUGGCCCCGUAUCAUUACAUCACCCAGAGGAUCCCAGAUACGCUCGACAGUGUCAAGUUUGAUAAGUUUUGUGUUCCAGUGUGAAGCGAAGUAAUAAUGGUUUGACGAGAUGUGUUGAGCUAUUUUUCUCCUGCUGCGCCGCCAGAUGUGGCCCAGUACUGAAUGGACCCAUGAUAUGGAGCAGAAAAUCAAGUAUCACUACAUGGCUCGAAGUCAGGUUAAGCUGUAUGCUAUCGAGGCAAACUCAACGAGCGGCAAGUGGGCUUCCUUCAGAACAGUUCACUUUGCUGCCCGAAUUCGUCUCAAUAGUACGAGGAAAAGACAGUAAAACUUGGGCCAAGGCUAGUGAAACCUGGGUUAAAGAUAGUGAAAUGUAGGCCAAUGUUAGUGUGAUGUGGGCCAAGACUUGUAAAACAUGGGCCAAGGCUAGUGAAACAUGGGCCAAGGCUAGUGAUACAUGGCCAGAGUUGAUGACUUUUGGGCUAGAGGCCGUGAUGAAAACUGUUGUUGCCAGUCAUUCCAGAUGAUCCCCUCUCCAUAUUCCCUCAGAUCGCUGUAGACGUCCUCCACUUUCAUGCCCAUCCCCCCUGCCCCAUCAGCCAUCAUUCUCCCCCUCCCUUCUCUCUCUCUACCCUCGUGCCGUGGUAGUGUAGCUGACCUAACUCCCUCUCUCCCAUAGUCAUAAGCUCCGGUCUGACCCUACCAUGACCUCUUCACAUAAGGUCGCCGAUGAUAAGGGGGGGACAUGCGUGGUUUAGUUGUCAAAGUUGUCAGCAAUAAUUUAUACGUUUUCUCCGGGAUUAUAAACCCCCCUUCCCAAAUUUCCCCAUUCCCCCCCUUCCUCACUGACACUAAAUUCUUUCGAUGGAUCUUUCCUGGUGAAGGUGGGAGAUCUGGCGGUAAAUUGUGGGAUCUUCCUUAGGUUAUGGUGUUGGAUGUGAUGGUGUGUGUACUGUGUGGAUGUGAUGGUGUGUGUACUGUGUGGAUGUGAUGGUGUGUGU